AUGUCAGAAUCUAGAAACGGUAAAAUCGGUUUUAUAAAGCGAAAACCUGUAAACGGUUCUCUGUCUCCGUUAAGUAAAUUAUACAUGAAAAAAGCUAAUGCAAAGUUAUUAGAGGAGGAGUCUGUUUUGUCGAGCGAAAGUUUUUCGGGCGACGAUGAUGUUGAUAGACGUAAGCUAUUUGGGGGUAGCAGUUUUUUCAAUCAAACAAUCCAAUUUGAUGGGCCAUCGAAACUGAAAAAAAUUAAUAAUGCAUCUCCUGACUUCAGUCCUAUCGUUGUAGAUGAACCUGUGGCUAAAAAUCUUGAUAAUGUUUUCAAUGAACCAAUUUUUCGCUCACCUACAUCAACAGCUAGACGCAGUCUUUUGUUGCAAAAAAAAUGUGUUCCCCAGGAAACGAAAAACUUAUCAGAUGGAUAUCACAUGUAUCAGUUAAAUGGAAUUUGUCAACACGACCCCGUGAUAUGCGUUAAUGGCGAUGCAUGUAGUUCUUUCCAAAGUCAAUCUAAGAAUCCAAAAAAAUCUUAUGAACGUUGCCAUAAUUUCAAUUCUCCAGAUUUUGCUUCCCAGAGAGGUGUUACAAACCACUGCAUGAAUGACAAAAAAACGUUUUGCGAAGAAUUGGAAUUUUGUAUUUGUGGUAUAGUCAACGAAGUGACAAAAAAUAUCAAGUGCAGCAAAGUAAGAAAUACUCGAAUAUCAGAUAGAUACUGUAAAGAAAUUAGAAAACGAAUUUUAUUGAAGCAGAAAAAUGGAAGUCGAUUAUCUAGCGGUGAACAGCAUAUUAAUAAUCACUUGGGACUUCACGAAACCCGUUCAUGUAGUGAACAGAAGCAGCAAUGUCCGCAACCACAGCUAAAAAAUUUUGCAUUAUUUCAACAAAAAUCAAAUUCACUAAAUUUUGAUUGUACACGUUCAACGCAGCAGAAUUUCCAGCCUUACAAGUUUUACAAGCAAUCAAAUAAAUGUAAGCAACAAAAUGUGCAGCCGCAGAAUGAACGUUUUAUGCCACAAAUGCAGAAUAAAACGCUGCAAAAGGAUGUCACUUGUUUGAAAAGUUAUAAAAAACCUGCUAGUGUAUUUGAUGAAUUAAAUUGUGACUUUGAUAAUGGUACAAAAUUAGAUGAUAAUUUAUCUUAUGACCAGAUGCAAUCCGAUGAAUCAACCGUUAAAAAAACAUCUAAAUUCUGCCUUGAUAAUAAUUUAACAAAGAAAUAUUCAAAUUCUGGUCAAACCAUGCUUAAUGAUAGCGGAUUGGAAACAAAUAAUACGCAAAACACCCAAUUUCACGAUUGUCUGCGACAACUGUCUGCAUUGUUAGAAUUAUGUUUGCAACAGCGUCAAAAACGACAGAAGUCAUGCAAGCCACAAACUCAAAAGAAAAAACAGACUUGUUUGCAACAAGAAUCGUUAUCACACAAGUCAAAAAAAAUGAAAAAUGCCGAAUCUAUUUAUUGUAAAAUACUAAUAAAACUUUUAUGUUCUUUUCUCGAAAACAAAAAAGAUCUCCAAUGCAAAAGUGAUGAAACCUCAAAUCGCACGGAACUUGGUGAAUCAUUCGACUCGUCAACUAAUUCAGAUGUUAAUGAGCCAAAAAAAGUUAAAUUUAAUUAUAGUAACAAUCCAGUCAAAGAUUAUUUAUUCAAAAAAGAAAAACAAUUAAACAUAUGUCAAAAAAAGUCAAAAAAUUUUAAAAUUCGACGAUCAUUCAGGUAUAACGACAAAGUUAGUGGUGCUACUAAUUGUUUGAAGAGCACGCGGUCAUCUACUAGCUCUUUGUCUUCUGAUGACGAAAUUCAAAGCUGUCCACACAGAUUCAAAAUAAGCAACUCAACGCGUCAAAAUAAAUCUUGCAGGCCAUUACAGUUGAAUUGCAUGGGUUUUGCUGGUGGAAACUAUUCUGUUUCGUCGUGUUCAUCAACCAAUUCAUCUGAUUCUAAUCGAAAUAAAUUUUGCAAUCCGAUUUGUAUAUUACAAAAUUCAGACAAAAUGAAAAAUAAUUAUACAAGAAAAAGGCCAUUUCAAGCGAAGCGGUCUUACUCUCUCGAUUCAAAAAGUAGUUCUGAUUCUUUAAAUGAAAUUGAUGACAAUAAAUGCGAUCCUCUUCAAAUUUGUAAAAAUAAAUUUGGACAAAAAAAAAGUAAUCGUAAAAGUGUAAAAUUGUGGAACAAAUUUAAUGGACGUGCGAAAAAAUGUAAUGAAAGUUUAAAAACACUAACCAAAGCAUCCAAAUCACCAGAAUGCCAUGAAGCAAUUGAUGGAUUUAACGAAUCUAUUGCAAAUAAAUGUUAUGAAUCAAAUUCAAUUGACUGCCCUUGCAAUAAAAAACUUCAAAAUAUGAGAAAUUCUAUCUCAGAAAAUUGUAAAAAUGUUUUACAAAAUAGGGAGCAAGAUGACGUAAAUGAGCCCUGUUCAAAAGACCGAGAUGCCGUUACUGAUGGCUUGAUUAAAUGUAUAUAUUUUUUGAACUGCAUUUUAAAAUUUGACUGUAUGAAAAAAAAAUAUCAGCAAUCAUAUUGA